AUGGGAAAGAAGAGAGCAGUGGUUGUCGGGCUGGGGAUGGCCCCCCCCCCCCUUUCAGGAGCGGUAUUAACCAAGGUGGCCAGAGAGAAAUUGUUGAAAUAUGAUGCCCACGAACGACAAUACAUCGUCACUGUUCUCGGAGAAGAGUCCCACGUGGCAUAUAAUCGCGUUGGAUUGACGAGUUCUCUUCGAGCACCGCCAAGUCGAAAACCUUAUGAUGAAGCCAGUGCCUCGCUCGGAUACCACAUCGACACCAAAGUCACAUAUAUAAACUCGGCGUCGAAAACAGUCACGUGUGAAAAUGGUGACAUUGUCCCCUACGACAUUCUGGUUCUGGCCACAGGUUCACAAGCCUCAUUGCCGCGACAUACACCCGGCUGGGACGCCGAGGGCGUGUUUGUCUAUAGAACCAUUGACGACUUGGUAAGUCUCAUUGGCUUUUCUGCCGGGCGCAAAGGGAGCACGGGGUGCGUCGUUGGCGUAGGGCUUUUGGGUCUUGAGGCCGCCAAGGCAAUGAUGGACCUUGAGAGCUUUAGUUCCGUCAAGCUGAUCGAGCGCAAUGGAUGGGUUCUCAGCCGCCAGCUUGACCAGGAAGCAGGGGCCAUGGCUGUGCAACAAGUACGCCAUCUUGGCUUGGACGUCAUGCUGAGCAAGCGUGUGAGGGAGAUCAAGGUUGAUGACGCGAAUCACGUCGCCGGCGUGGUUUUUGAAGACGGCCAAGAGCUCCUCUGCUCAACUGUAUGCUUUGCCAUUGGCAUCGCCCCAAGAGACGAGCUGGCCCGGGUUUCUGGCUUCGACUACGUCCGACGUGGCGGCGGCAUCGCCACAGUCGGCCUUCUCGACGCCGGGCGCGACGAGAAGGCCGAAGUCUUCGCCUUCAAUCUGACACAGGCCAAGCUCCAUGCGCCGAGAGUGUUCAAGCGUCCUGACCUGAGCACCAAGUUGAAGUUCCUCGGCGUCAACGUCGCCAGUUUCGGGGACUUCUUCGCGGACAGAGACGGGCCAGCACAGGAAAUCAACCCCUUCCAAAACAUCUACAAGAAGUACAUAUUCACUUCGGACGGCGAGUACCUCCUUGGCGGCAUGAUGGUUGGCGACACAAACGACUACAUCAAGGUCGUCCCCAUGGUCAAGAACAUCAAGGAGCUGCAUGUGCCGCCAAGCCAGCCUUCCUCGGCGCCGAAAAGGACGGCGACGGCGACGACGGCGACGACUUGCCCGAAGACACACAGAUCUGUUCCUGCCACAACGUCACCAAAGCCGACAUUGUGA